AUGGACGCUGCGGAUCUCAAUAAUGGCGACGCACAAAGUUUAGAUCAGGCGACUAACUAUAAUCAAGCUAAUGAUAUGUCAGUAGCUAUCAGUACAACACGUCGAAUGGCCAUCGUUGGUGUGCCACUAUUUGACAGAGUCUUUCUAUUCAAUAUCUGCUCUUCUGACUCGACUGAUGAUAAUUUACAGUUUAAUUUGACUCGCAUGGAUGAAUUAUCUCAACAUAACAUGGGCUUUGGUCGUUCAGUAGCUUGGCUCGAUAAUGAAACAGUGGCCAUUUCCCUUCUCAAUGUUGCUGAUCGACCUUGGUCUAAAUCGGAAGUAUGGAUAUUCGAUAUAAAUCUUCCAUUUACCAUACCUCUCUUUGUCUUUCCGAACAAUCAGCAAAGAAUAACAAUGUCGUCCUCGCCUCGUUUCCUUCAUAUGCUUUCUUGGUCUGGAAACUUAUAUGUACUGACUGAUCAAGCUCGAGCAAUACUGGCAUUAUCGAGAGUAUCUGGUCUCUACUCUGUAGGAAGUGAUAAUCCAUACCGUAUAUUAGUCUUUGACGAGGCACCAUGCAUAGCUGGUACAUACCGAAAUUUUUCAAGCGUAGGGCCGUGUAUUGUGUGUCCACCGCAAACAAAGAAUCCAAUGAAUGGACCAUGUACUGAAUGCAGUCCAUGUUCACCCAGUGCAUUCUGUCCAAUGGGUUCUGUUGACGAUACUGUUUCAUUUAAUACGCAUCCAUCAUACACACAAACAUUCAUUUAUCCAGACUCACCCGACAUGAACAAUUAUGAUGAUAUUCUCGUGCAAAAUAUGUUCACUAUUGAUCGUUCAAUUCGUUGUCUCAUAAUCGCACCUGGAUUUUGGGCAAUGUUAGCCAUCAUUUUAUGUUUCAUCGUUUGGCUCAUUAUGGUUGCAUUGAAAAUGAAUAGAUGUCGAACUGCAAGUCGUCACCGAAAUCGUGUCAAACAGUUCUUCAAAAACACAGACAUUGUAAACGACGGUGAACGAUGGAUAGGUGGCAUCUUUUCAUUCGCUAUUCUUGUCAUUUUCGCCUUUGUUUUUUGGUUCUCGGCUGAAUAUAUCAAAUUAUAUCCAAUUGAAACGGCAAGUGAAAUGUAUGCUUCGUGUGACAAGACGAUUCAUAAUGCCAUAUUUGACAAUGCUCUACAGUUACCACUACCAAAUCCAGAUGGAAGCCGAUGGGCUAUUUUUGAUAUGCUUGACGCGCAACCAUUUACAAUGACCGUCGAUCUAAUAAAUACACAAGCCAGUUGUUCGAAUAUUACUUUUCAGCAGAAUAGACCAGGUGUCAAGUAUUUACACAUGCCCAUCGCUGAAGGUAAUUGCAUUCUUCAGCCGGACAAUAUUACACGAUCUGUUAGCGUCGUCUUGCCUGCACAUCGUGUAAAUGUGCAGCUCAAUAUUACUGGACCUUACUUUGUUGGUGGAUUUCGUUUAUGUCUUCGCGGUCCUCAUCAUAUUGAUGGCGUGAAUACAGUGCAUAAACUUGACGUAUGUCAAUUUUUCUGGACGCCAAAUCAAACAGUGUCACGUUUUGCAACACUUUCUGUCGUACUCAUUAAAGUCGUCAAUCAAACUAAGCCACUUAAAGUUGGUGAUGAAUCACGAUAUGAUGGCCGUUGGACACUGACAUUUGGAGACAGUUCACUUUCGGAUGACAUGAUCUAUGAACAAGAUGGAUAUUAUCUUCGUUAUGCCUCUCAACGAACGACAUUGACGUUUACAUUCAACGAACAGCCAUUUUUUCUUCAAAACAAUCAAUAUCCGAUCAUUCGUAUUGCCGAACUUGCUUUUCAUACGUUGCUCUUUUGUACUCUAGUCAUCGAACUAUUUGCAAUAGCGUAUCUUAUUAUCAAGCUUGGUUGUACGCCUAUUACACAUUUGUUUAUUUCUUAUUAUCAUUCACGAAACCAAGACAUAGAUACGGUUGAAAAUCAAUCUUCAAAGUCUUCAAUAGCGCCGGAUACCAUCAUUAAAAUAAAAGAUAUGGAAUCGAAUAUAAGCCCUGAUCAAAUAAACUCGGCAGCGAAGAUCGCAACUUACCAACAUCAUCGAACUUUCCGUAGACACAAAAAGCAAACAAAUUUGUCCGACCGAUGUGAUGAUGAUUCAUCGGCACAAUCGGAUUUAAAAUUUGAUCGGAUUAAAUUUUAA